CUCUCUCUCUCUCUCUCUCUCUCUCUCUCUCUGAAUUAGGCACAUUUUGCUAACUUCAAAGAGCACCAAAACAUUACACUCACCCAUAUAUAGAGAGAGACGGUGUGUGUGUGAAGAGUGUGUGUAGAGAGAGAGAGAGGAGAGAGACAGAGAGAGAGAUGGGAAGAGCUCCAUGUUGUGAGAAAGUGGGGUUGAAGAGGGGGAGAUGGACAGCAGAAGAAGACGAAAUCUUGACCAACUACAUUCAAGCCCAUGGUGAAGGCUCUUGGAGAUCUCUCCCCAAGAAUGCAGGUUUACUGCGGUGUGGCAAGAGUUGCAGACUGAGAUGGAUCAACUACUUGAGGUCUGACUUGAAAAGGGGGAACAUCACUGCUGAAGAAGAAAAACUCAUCGUACAAUUGCAUGCCACUUUGGGUAAUCGGUGGUCUCUGAUAGCCGGGCACUUGCCGGGGCGGACCGAUAAUGAGAUCAAGAACUACUGGAACUCCCAUUUGAGCCGGAAAAUUUAUGUCGCACGGCCAUCCACAUCAGCAAGGGUCGAGCCCUCGUUACCUACCCCCAUGAAUGCCGUCAAGAUAGCUGGCACAGGCAAGCGGAGAGGAAGGACAAGCAGGUCAAGCAUGAGAAAGAGCAGCUUCACAUCAAUGCCACCGGAGAGGCCCAACCACAGUACUGUUCCUAAAAGUGAGAAAGGCAAAGAAGCACAAGCACCCAUUAAAGGGCAAGUUGGGGGAAGCCAAGUCAUGAGCUCAGAGCCCUCAUGGGUCCCAAACAAGAAAACAGCAGCACAGGAGAGCAACAAGGAUGUUGUUCACGGCUCUCGUAUCGACACGGACGCUGGCCUCAAUAAUGAAGUAGCGGCAGAGGCCGAGGGGCUUUUCUUGGGACCAUGUGAGUGGGUAGACAGGGAAAUAAUGAGACUUAAUUGUAUGCUGCACAUUGAGGAUGCUGGUGCUCUGAAAUUGGAGGGUGAGAAUGGGGUGGUGGGUCGCUUUGAGGAGAGCGAGAACGAGUUCGCGGUGAUGGAGAAGUUGAUGCCGGUAACGGAGGAGACAGAGAGCAGCAUUUGGAGCUCGAAAUCGAAUGCCGAGAGCAGUACCGGGGAGUGGUACGUUUCCUCUUCGUCAAUGAACAACAAUAAGUACAAUAACGACUCGGGGUUCGAUGAAUGGUUCGAUUGGGAUUGGGCAGGCGGAGUCGGUUGCGGCGAUAAUCAGUGGGAAAAUGAAGAUAAAACGUUGUCCUGGUUAUGUGACAGCGGCAACGGUGAUGCAGAAAAUGCCAGUGAUAGUACCGCAGCGAUGAAAAGAGAGACAAUUAUGUGACCGAGUAGAAGAAGAAUGACAAGGCUUUGCUACUGAAAAGGUUUCCAGGAUUUCACUUCAAGGUCAAGAAUGUUUAUGAGGUUCAUCACCGUGAUCAUUUAGAAAAUUGCUUAGCGAUCACUCUGAGAGUCUGAUUCCUAACGUGUUACUUGUCAAAUAAUGAAACUGAUCAUACAAUCUUCUUUCCUCUAUCUAUUCCAGAUUAGGAUGAUGCAUAGGAAAUGAAAUUGCAAUCUCCGGAUGCAGAGGAAAUGAUUUUAAGUGUUUGAAAUUGUAUGAUUUGAGUAAUUCCCCCUGCCAACACUAACGAGUUUAUCUUUAAGGCA